CUAGCUUAACAAAAACAUCUGUCGAAAUGCCACCAAAAACCAGUGGAAAGGCCGCGAAGAAAUCUGGCAAAGCCCAGAAAAACAUUACCAAAGGCGACAAGAAAAAGAAGAAGCCACGCCGUAAGGAGAGCUACGCCAUCUACAUCUACAAGGUCCUAAAGCAAGUCCACCCGGACACCGGAAUCUCCUCCAAGGCCAUGAGCAUCAUGAACAGCUUUGUGAACGAUAUCUUUGAACGCAUUGCUGCUGAAGCUUCUCGUCUGGCUCACUACAACAAGCGAUCCACCAUCACCUCUCGCGAGGUUCAGACCUCUGUCCGUCUGUUGUUGCCAGGAGAAUUGGCCAAACACGCUGUCUCUGAGGGAACCAAGGCUGUCACCAAGUACACUAGCUCCAAGUAAAUGUUUUAUACCAUACAUCCAAAUCGGCCCUUCUAAGGGCCAAAAAAUGAUAUUCGAAGAAGAAUUUGAAUUUUUGCUGAUUGAAACUAAUCGUUACUUAUGCAUAUCCUUUGUCCUGUGCUCAACAUUAGAACGUGACCCGCACAGAUCCUGCAUAACAGCUUUAGUCUCUAAGUCUUUUAUGACUUGAAAAUGCUUCACGGGUUAAUUUAGACAAAAUACUUUCUGGACCAAUUAAAGUUAGUGUAAGUUAUUGCAUUUUGUAGAAAAAAGUGAUAUUUGAAAUGGUGUAAGAAGUAGGAAAAACAAUGUAGUUUUCGAGGAAAAAACUAUGUUCGUGACCAUUUGAUGAAUUAUAUCUAAUGGAAUAUGCAAUGUAAGGGACUUUGUAUGCUUCGAACACCUAACGUGCGUGAAGCGAUCACGAUGAUUACUAUUGGAAAUAUCUCUGUUUGUUUCCAAAUGCUGGCCGAUAUGAUAUUUCAUUAUUAUAACGGAUAGCAGGUACACGCUGUAAUUUUUUGUCGUUUGUGUUACUAGUAGUGCUCUGAGGCACCACAUAGAAAUAAUAUAACAAACGAAAAAAAUAUUGCUAAUUUUAUAAUUCGUUGCACUCAAUAAACGAAAGA